GGCCUGGGCGGAUGGCACAGGGAGGGGGAGGACAUGAACGGUGUGCGCCGAGCUGCGAGGGGGACGCGGCGCCUACCGCGUCAGGUCGGCACGGUCGCCGACGGCCUCUGAUCUCCUCUCAUCUCCGGAUCUCCCGGCCGGGGCGGCCCUUGACCUCGCGAGUCGCGACCUUUAUUCCAAUGCCGGGCGGCCACCCCCCAACCUCGCUUAGCAAGCAGCAGCACCCACCAAAUCGCUGGGGGUUAGCGCGCAAAUCGCCCCGUGCGAUCUCGCCGCGGGGGGUAUAAGAGCUCACCGCCCCCACAUACCUUUCCACGCCAAGCCCGGGCUUUUUCCUCCGCAACACCAUUGACCACCGGAGCGGGAGCGAGAGCUCGGAGGGGAGCUGACCACCCGCGCGCCGCGGCUCCCGUGGAGAUAGAGAGCGAUCGCCGUCGGCAGCUGCGGCGGGGGAGGACGAGCGAGCUGAGGAUGAAGGUGCAGUGCGACGUGUGCGCGGCGGAGGCGGCGUCGGUGUUCUGCUGCGCCGACGAGGCCGCGCUGUGCGCCGCGUGCGACCGCCGCGUGCACCGCGCCAACAAGCUCGCCGGCAAGCACCGCCGCUUCUCGCUGCUCAGCCCGGCGCCGCCGUCCUCGUCGUCGGGGCAGCCGCCGCCGCCGCUCUGCGACAUCUGCCAGGAGAAGAGGGGCCUCCUGUUCUGCAAGGAGGACCGGGCGAUCCUGUGCCGGGACUGCGACGUGUCGGUGCACACAGCCAGCGAGCUGACCAUGCGCCACACCCGGUUCCUGCUCACCGGCGUGCGCCUCUCCGCCGAGCCGGCCGCCUGCCCGUCCCCGCCGCCGCCGUCGGAGGACGAGAACAGCAGCGCCAGCUUCUGCUGCGGCGCGGCCCCGCCGCCCGCGCCCGCCACCAGCCACGGCAGCGACAGCAGCAGCAUCUCCGAGUACCUCACCAAGACGCUCCCCGGCUGGCACGUCGAGGACUUCCUGGUGGACGAGGCCGCCGCCGCCAACAUCGCCGUCUCCGCGGACGCCUCCUAUCAGGGAGGAGCAGCUACGCGGAUCGAAGGCGUGCCGGACGGCGGCUACGCGGCCUGGAUGGCGCAGGAGCAGCUCUUCGGCGACAGCGCGGCCGGCGGCGGCGGCGCGCGGGCAAGCCGGGAGCGGUGGGUGCCGCAGAUGAUGUACGGCGGCCCGGAGCUGGCCGUGGCCGGCAGCAAGCGCGCCAGAACCGCCGCGUCCCCGGCGGCGUACUCUUACUGGUGAUCCCAUCGAACCGGCGGAGGACCCGCGGCGGCCGACUCGCCGUCGCCGUCGCCGUCGCCGUGCCGCCCGUAUUAAGCACCGGCUGGUGCACUAGCGUACUCUACUCCCAGUUUUAACUGUAACUGAAGUUGUUUCCGGGCUCAUUUACCGCCACAACUUUUUUUUACGCUCUUCCGGGCGUCCUCGAUCGGAUGAGGAUGCCUGUGAGCGUUCGUGCCUUUUUGACGGGGUGCUGGAGGGAGGGAAGCCUCCUCCUGCACCUCUGUAUCUCUCCUGUUUUUUGCUCGGUGCGACUUCAAUCGGAGCCUGUCGCUGUCCACA